AUGGCGACGUGUACACUGUUCGAAUGGGGAUGGAAGACGUGGUGGUUCUGAACGGCUACCGGGCCAUCAAAGAGGCGCUUGUGGACUACAAGGACGCUUUCUCCAGUAGGCCGAGCGUCUAUUUGCUGAAUCUAGUAUCUGGCUUUGGGAAAGAUAUUGCCCUCUCAAAAUUCAACCAAGCCUACUUGGAAAAACGUAGGUUUGCCGUCAGUGCCCUAAAAACUCUGGGAAUGAGAAUGGGACCUGGCAGCGUGGAAGAACACAUCAGAGAAGAGGCUCGUCAGCUCUGCAUAAAGCUGUCCGAGCAAGGAGAUGGACAUCCACGUGACAUCGCCGACAACCUGACUGUGUCAGUCGCCAACAUCAUCUGCUCCAUGGUGUUCGGGAAACGCUACGGCUACGAUGAUGAAAAGUUCGUCGAACUGACCAAGAUUAUACACAAGCUACUGUCCCAAUUUGAACAUGGAUCCAGUCAGCUGAUGACAGUGUUUCCCUUUCUGCGAUUCGUACCGGGAGUUAACUCAGCAAACAGGAUUCUUGUCGAAUGCAUUAACAAGGUCCACGAAUUUCUUCGACAAGAAAUUAUAAAGCAUCGCGAGACCCUGGACAACGAGAAUCCACGAGACUUCAUCGACCUCAUCCUCACCGAACUACAGACCCAAGAGCAGACCGACUGCUUUACAGAGGAGAAUAUUGUGUGGAUCAUUCAAAAUAUGUUUUUCGCUGGAAUGGAGACCACAGCCAACACCUUGCGAUGGGGUCUUCUCUACAUGGUUUUGUGUCCAGAGGAACAGCAGAAGGUCCAUGCUGAGCUGGACAGUGUCCUGGGAACAGACCAUGACGUGCCCACCCUGGCCCACAGGUCCCAGCUCCCGUAUACCGAGGCUACUAUCAUGGAGAUCCAGCGCAUCAGGCUUGUAGCCCCACUUAAUGCUCCUCACGCUGCUACAGAGGACACGACUUUCCGAGGCUAUGACAUCCCGGCGGGAAUGCAGGUCCUUACCAACCUGUGGUCAGCCCACAUGGACCCGGAAUACUGGCCGGACCCAGAGACUUUUGACCCCCGUAGGUUCCUGGACUCUGACGGCAAAGUGGUCAGCAGGCCGGACUCGUACCUACCCUUUUCUGCUGGACGCCGUGUCUGCCUCGGUGAGCAGCUGGCUAAGAUGGAGCUCUUUCUGCUCUUUUCUUCCCUCCUGAAACACUUCACCUUGAAGUUGCCAGAGGGCGUCGCUGCACCGUCGGCCGAUGACUGCAUGGGUCUUUCACCACCAACAGUGAAUAUGUGCGUCACUCGGCGCUAGGGUGCUCGAUUCAAAACAUAUUGUGAAGAUCAUCGACAAUACACAAGUUAACUUGUAUAAAACGGUGUAAAAUCUUUCUCUAUAUAAUUGUUGACGCUUAGACAUAUGUGCAAUUUAGAACGGAAUCAGAACAUAUCUUCUGUUGAUCGUACCGCGCCUUGUUCCCUCAUAUAAGACAUUGCAGAUAUUACUUGUUAGAUCGACUAAACGUUCUCCAUUUAUGCUGGUCUUCUACAUUCACACAUACAUACAUACAAAUGCUACCCCAGACAUAACCUUGGCGAUUGUGUUGAACACUUUAAGAAUCAUUGCAUACCAUGUAGAAUUCUACUGUUUUGUACAAGUAAAUAAAAUGAUUCCACGGCAUG